GUCGAAAAAGCUUCGGACUAGCGGCGCCUGCGCAGACUUACGCCUGGGGACCUACUUCCCGCCGCUGAGACUCGGAAGCGGGACGCCAAAUCUGUCCCCGCGCAGACGCCGGCGGCGGCUCUGAGCCGGGUGGCCGCCCUCCCUGAGGCGCGCGUGCGCACGUUCCCACGCACGCUCCGGCGUACGGCGGCGGCCAGGGGUCGCGAGCCGGUGGAGGACCCGCGCGCGGAGGAGCCGGGAGAGCCAACUCUUUUUCCCUCCCUUCCCCACUCCCCUCCCCGCUCCCUCCCCCCUCCCCAAGAAUGUUCCGCUACGAGUCUUUGGAGGAUUGUCCUCUGGAUGAAGAUGAGGAUGCAUUUCAGGGCCUGGGAGAGGAAGAUGAAGAGAUUGAUCAGUUCAAUGAUGACACGUUUGGGUCAGGUGCAGUUGAUGAUGAUUGGCAGGAAGCACAUGAGCGACUGGCUGAAUUGGAAGAGAAGCUACCGGUAGCAGUCAGUGAACAAACAGGAAAUGGAGAAAGGGAUGAGAUGGACUUGUUGGGUGACCACGAGAACCUGGCCGAAAGGCUCAGUAAGAUGGUGAUUGAAAAUGAACUAGAAGACCCAGCCAUCAUGAGGGCAGUGCAGACCAGGCCUCCUUUGCAACCCCAACCAGGAACUCUCAAUUCUAGCAUCUGGGAUGGAUCUGAAGUUCUGAGGCGAAUUCGAGGGCCACUGCUUGCUCAGGAAAUGCCUACAGUGUCUGUGUUAGAAUAUGCCUUGCCUCAGAGGCCCCCACAGGGCCCAGAAGAUGAUCGGGACCUUUCCGAGCGGGCAUUACCGAGGCGGUCCACUUCCCCCGUCAUCGGGAGUCCUCCUGUGAGAGCCGUCCCCAUAGGCACUCCACCUAAGCAGAUGGCUGUAACCGGCUUCAACCAACAGAUUCUGUGUCCGAAGCCUGUCCAUGUUCGACCCCCAAUGCCACCACGGUAUCCUGCUCCCUAUGGUGAGAGGAUGUCUCCAAACCAGCUCUGCAAUGUCCCGAACUCUUCCCUACUGGGUCACCCUUUCCCUCCUGCUGUCCCUCCUGUUCUCAGCCCCCUCCAGAGGGCGCAGCUGCUUGGAGGAGCACAGCUACAGCCUGGACGGAUGUCUCCCAGCCAGUUUGCACGGGUCCCUGGAUUUGUCGGUAGUCCACUUGCUGCCAUGAAUCCCAAGCUGCUGCAAGGGCGAGUUGGGCAGAUGCUUCCCCCAGCACCAGGCUUCCGUGCCUUCUUCAGUGCUCCACCCGCCGCUACCCCACCUCCUCCACAGCAGCACCCGCCUGGCCCAGCACCUCACCUGCAAAACUUACGACCUCAGGCCCCGAUGUUUAGACCAGACACCACUCACCUUCAUCCACAGCACCGUCGACUGCUGCAUCAGAGACAGCAACAGAAUCGAAAUCAGCAUCGGAAUCUCAAUGGUGCAGGAGACAGAGGAAGCCACCGGAGCAGUCACCAGGAUCAUCUCCGGAAGGAUCCAUAUGCCAAUCUCAUGCUGCAGCGAGAAAAGGAUUGGGUCUCUAAAAUCCAGAUGAUGCAACUGCAAAGCACUGAUCCCUACCUGGAUGAUUUUUAUUACCAGAAUUACUUUGAAAAACUGGAGAAAUUGUCAGCUGCUGAAGAAUUGCAAGGUGAUGGCCCUAAAAAGGAGCGCACCAAGCUCAUUACUCCUCAGGUGGCCAAACUGGAGCACGCUUACAAGCCAGUGCAGUUUGAGGGCUCUUUGGGAAAGCUUACGGUCUCCAGUGUGAAUAACCCCCGGAAAAUGAUCGAUGCUGUUGUGACAUCUCGGAGUGAGGAUGAUGAAACGAAAGAAAAGCAGGUUCGGGACAAGAGACGAAAAACCCUUGUUAUAAUUGAGAAAACCUACAGCUUACUCCUUGAUGUUGAGGACUAUGAACGGCGUUACCUCCUAAGUCUGGAAGAAGAGCGACCUGCCCUGACAGAGGAAAGAAAGCACAAAAUUUGUAGCAUGUAUGACAACUUAAGGGGGAAAUUACCUGGACAAGAGAGGCCAAGUGAUGACCACUUUGUACAGAUCAUGUGUAUCCGAAAAGGGAAGAGAAUGGUUGCCCGCAUUCUUCCUUUCCUCUCCACAGAGCAAGCAGCUGACAUUCUUAUGACGACAGCCAGGAACCUCCCUUUCCUUAUCAAGAAGGAUGCACAAGAUGAGGUGCUGCCAUGCUUACUGAGUCCCUUCUCUCUCCUCCUCUAUCAUCUUCCGUCAGUGACUGUCACCAGCCUUCUGCAACAGCUAAUGAACCUACCUCAAAGUGCAGCUGCACCAGCACCCUCUAAUCCUCACCUCACAGCUGUUCUCCAGAACAAGUUCGGCCUGUCACUGCUCCUGGUCGUCCUGAGCCGCGGAGAAGACCUGCAGAGUUCAGACCCUGCUACAGAGUCGGCAGAGAACAGCCAGUGGACGGAGGUGAUGUUCAUGGCGACCCGAGAACUUCUGCGGAUUCCCCAGGCAGCCCUGGCCAAGCCAAUCUCUAUCCCCACAAACUUAGUAUCCCUCUUUUCUCGCUAUGUUGACAGACAGAAACUGAACUUGCUGGAGACAAAACUGCAGCUAGUUCAGGGGAUACGGUAAAAGAUGUGCAAGUGUGUCCUGGUCCUCCUCUUGGCUGUCACCUGCACUGCUGCCGUCACCAGCGGAGCCUUUGUGAUGAGGGAGGGAGGGAGCUUGUUCCCGGAGCAUCUCGUGGGGCCGAUUCCCGUUCACAGGGGCUGCCUCUGAGUGCCAGGUGUUCCCCUGCUCUGUGACACUUGGAUGGGUGAUACUUCUGCAGGUUUCUUCUUACCUUCUCCGUUACAAUUCUGCAUGUCCUACUUUUACUCAAUUCUUCCCAGUUUUGCGUUUUCUUUGCCCUAGAGACACAAAUAUAAUGUCUCCCUCCAUCCCACCACCGCUACUCCAGUUCAGAGUAGAUCGUAGCCUGCCAAAGGGCCCCAUCCCGCAUCCUACUGAAGUCUUUUUUGUUGCCCCAUAUUAAUAUGAGAGCCAAUUAAGUAGAAAUUAAUAUAUAUACACAUAUGCUUGCACACACAUGUUUAUGUGGUCUCCAGAGGAUCCUUAAAAGAAUGAGUUUUAGAUGGAGUAUUUAGUUGACACAUCCCUCCUCUAAACACAAACUGGCUAAUGUAUUUUUUAUCUGUUUCUAGUCCAUCUUGUAAUUAACUUGGUGGGUUCUCCUUGUUUUAAUAUAAAUACAAGAUAUGCAGCAUAUUUAAUAAAAUCAGAACUCUUAA